AUGUCUGAACCUGCACAUUGGGAGGCCAAGGCCGAACCUUGCCGAAAGAUUCUCCAGGAGUCGCUCAAACCGGAGUGGCUUCUGCCUUCCUCUCAACUACCGCCAUCCAGCCAACUCAACGUAUCGAACUUCAUCGAGUCAUGUGGACUGCUCACUCCGAGGGAGUUAAAGAUCACAGCAAGCACUGCAACCGAGAUUCUGAGCCAGAUGGGUGACGGGAGGCUUACAGCGGUUGAGACUGUGACAGCGUUCCUCAAGCGGAGCCACGUCGCGCAUCAGCUGGUAAACUUCGCCACCGAGUUCAUGGUCGAGGAUGCAUUGGCUGCUGCAGAAGAGCUUGAUGCGCACUUCAAGGCAACUGGAAAGCUUUUCGGGCCUUUACAUGGCCUCCCUAUUUCCAUCAAGGAACAUAUUGGUCUAAAAGGCCGCAGAUGUCAUUCGGGUUAUGUCGCCUGGGCAGACAACAUCGUCGACGAAGAUGCGUUGGUCGUGCGCUUGGGUAAAGCUGCGGGAGCUGUGUUUCACGUACGGACGAAUGAGCCUCAGAGUGUGAUGCAUCUUGACUGCAGCAAUCCCAUUUACGGGACUACUGUCAACCCGCACAACAGAAACUUGACAAGUGGUGGCUCUAGUGGAGGGGAGGGUGCCUCCUUAGGUCUCCGUUGUGCUGUGCUCGGUAUCGGGACAGACAUUGGAGGUUCUGUUAGAGUCCCAGCUGCGUUUUGCGGUUCUUACGGUCUGAGAACCACUGCAAUGCGAAAUCCCUACAAGGGAAUCUGCAUUCCUGGUCUUGGACAGGAGAGCAUUCGCUGCGUACUCUCGCCUCUGGCAAACAACAUCGCGGAUCUCGAUCUCUUUCAAAGAGUCAUCAUCGACCAGGAACCGUGGGAAGAGGAGACCUCCCUGGUGCCGUUGCCCUGGAAGAGAACAGAGCCAUACCAGCCUGGAAGCUUCACAGUCGGCGUCAUUUGGGAUGACGGAAAUGUCCGUCCGCACCCACCCGUUACUCGCGCUUUGCAGCAUGCCGUCACGAAAUUGAAGGCGUCCGGAAUCAAGGUCGUCGACUUCGAACCCUACAACCACAAAGAAGGAGCUGAGAUCAUCACUACCCUCUACUUUCCCGAUGCCGCCGCCACCCAGAGAGAAAUUCUGGCCAAGGGAGGUGAGCCUGUCGCGGCCUUGACGGAAUGGGCUUUUAACAACUCGAAACCCGAUCCGCUCUCUAUCCGGGAGAACUGGGAACUCAAUGUCCGUCGUGACGCAUUUCGAGACGCGUACCACAAGGUCAUGAAAGAACGCGGCGUCGACUUCAUCCUAUGCCCGGCAUACGUUGGAGCUGCUGCUAAACUCGGGGACGCACAAUACUGGCACUACACCACGAUCUGGAACAUUCUUGAUCAACCAAGCGUCACGUUCCCGACGGGGUUGAAGGUCGAUCCAGUCAUCGAUAUUGUCGAAAAGGACUACAAGCCUCGCUCAGCAGAGGAUGAACGAGAGUACAAGAAGUAUAUCCCGGAAGAUUUUGCGGAGGCUCCGAUUGCGUUGCAACUCGCUGGAAAGCACUUCCGCGACGAAGACACUCUGGCAGCGGCUGAAACAGUUUGCAAGGUGAUCCAGCAAUGA